ACCACUGUGUUGUGUUGUCAACGAUGGUUCGAAUAUUUGAUAUGAAAUGCGAGAUUUGUGUCUUUGCUAAACUUUGGGCUUUGCUGAAAGUUUUCCUUUUUUGAAAUCAAUCGAUGGCACCAUGCACUUUUUUCAAAUUAGAAAAUUCAACCGGAACUGUUCGAGCCCAAAGUAUUCGAUUUUGUAAAAUUUUUGUCAAAGUUAGUUCAGCAAAAUCCUCAGUAAUGGCCUUGAACAAGAAUAUGAACAGCAAAAUUAUGGAUCUCAUGAUGGACUUGGUGAACCAGCGAGAUGGCAGUAUAGGACCACAAAAUUUUACUGUUUAUUUGGCAAAAACAACGACGGAGAACAAGAAGAUAAACAACCGAUCAAUAGAAUCUGAGAAUGUGUCCCAUCGACCUCAGAAUUUAAGUGAACGAUCUCCACAAAAUUCGACUUCAGAAGCCAGAGGUAAAAUUCCUCGCCUAUCACGGAAGAGUACACAUCAGCCAAACGAGCACCUCGUUCGUCAAUUGAAUGUAGCCAGGAAUGCUACCACGCAUUCAUCACAAUUACCACUCACCCUUGAACAUCCAAAUGAUUUCGUGCCACCGAAAAUUGUUCCCAUUCGAAAAACUGAUCCUAGACAAAUUGCCGCUAAAAUUGAAUCACAGCGCUCUAACGUCCGGCUAACAUCUGCUGAAAGGGAAGCGCUGAUUUCGAGAAUUCUGACUAAUGAAUUGGAGAUCCAAUCAAAGCUGGCUGCACAAGCAAAGGAAAUUUUUUCAUCGCCAAAAACUGAGCCUUUUCAACGGCAAACCGUACCAUCGAAACAACGCAAAAAUAACGAUGAACCAGUGGCCUCGCUCAUGGAAAAGCGAUUACAAAUUGAAUCUAUUCGCGCCGCUCAAGAACGAUUACUAUUCUCUCCGACAUCCGCAGUUCAACGAGAAACUCGAGUUGUACCACCGACUUUCGAUAUCACUUCUGAUAGCACAACACCUACAGAAAAGAAUAGACUCAAUCAUGACACAAGUCGAUCACGACCCAGACUGCCAGUUGGAAGUCAAACCAGACAGGCCCACCAAAACUUUGGAAGAGCGCUCACACCCAUUCCAGAGACUAGUGAGCCUCGAGAUUCUGCAAGGGAUAAACGGAAUUCUAAAGGGAACAAUAGAAACGAUAUGGAGUCUAUAUUAGGCAAGGAAAAAAGGCGACAACAACAUAUGGAAUCUAGACUGCCCAGCGAAUUGAUUCAGGACAUUGAAACGAGUUUACUGCUCCAGUGCAGUGAUGAAUCAGAUUCUCUAGAAGAUCUAGUCAUAAAAGAUUUCGCCAUUCGUAUCGCAGCAUCCGAAGCAGAUCCUGCUACUAGUUCACUGCCAGUUACUGAACAAGUGAUACUAGAAAGCAACAAACUAAAAGAAAUGAUCGAGUCGGUCAAAGACAGGUUUCAGAUUAAAGUUGCCAGAGAUAAAUUUGCAGAACGAGACAAACAGAAUAAACGGCCACCAGAUACUCGAAUGAAAGUUCCAGCUCAAGGCAUAGUUGAACAUAACGGAAACAAGUCACAAACGCUCAGUCCAACUCCUAAGAAUGAUAAAACACCUUCCACUCGUACGAAACCAGUCAACAUUCUUGAUUCGCAUAAUUGGGGAAAUGUUGCAUUGCCGCAACCGCUUUUUACCGAUGAUGUCUCCAUUGGACCUAGUAACAGCGGCAUGGACGAAACUGUCCUCAGUGAAAGAGACAUGCAAUUCGACGAUCUUUUCGGUGUAGACAAUGUGUCAGAACCUGUAAGUCUCAGGGACAUACCGCAGCAUCAACCACCGCUAAACAAUGGCAUAAUUGGUCAGAGUCAACGAAACACCGAACCAUUUCCUGAUUCGAUUGGAAAUAUUGAAGAUCUGGAAAGUCCACGAUUCAGUGACCUUCCAUCGGAUGUAUCUGUUCCCAGCAUUCGAGAGAAGUACGAGAGACUAGAAGAUUUGGAAGAUCCACAACAUAGUCCUGACGAAACUACGAGAGGUAGAUCAAAUGCAUUGAAACAACCUCAAAUCAAUAUCGAAAGUCCGAAACAUCGAAAUGGAAUAGAGUUAGCUGUUGUUGAAACGGAACAUGAAAAGGACAUUGCAAAAUUGAAGGAACUGAUCGAUAGUGGCGCACUGACAUCAUCGAUUAUGAAUGAGCGAUUCGAAGAGGGUGUGUUGGAUCUCUUGUUAAGACAAACCGAUAGUUUGUGGGAUCCCGUUGAUGGCAUUCCAAUCAUCUACUUCAUUCCUAGCCGAAAUUACGAGCGCGGGCUCUUAGACACAUCAAUUAAAGAGUCGAAUCUGGGAUCGCCUUUGAUAAAGCAACCGGAGGAUAAAUUGCCGGAGUUUAUGGCAUCGCUGGAAAACGAGUGGACUACGAACAUCGAAAAGAAUGAUGACGACGCUGGAAUAGACGAUAAUAAUAUUGACUUUGUCGAAAACGACGAAAGCGUGCUACUUCCUGGAAUACCCAAGUUUUCGUACAAACCAGCACCGGAAUAUCUUUACCGGAAAACGAAUAUCAUGGACAGUAAAGACGAAUCGGUGGAUGAUUAUGACAUACUUGACGACCAAGAAAUGAAUUUCGAUGAUUUGAUCGACAAUGCAGCCGAACCGACGUAUGACUUUCAAAAGGCUAAAAUUAUGGACGAUCUGGAAAUCAAAAUGAGAAUAAUUCGUCGAAUGGCUGAAAAACGUACCGUAGCAUCUGAGCAUUUGAGACUGCCACGAAACGUUGGAAUAGGAACAGAUAAAUCGUCACCAAACAAUCCAUCAGCCAAACAAAGCACUCAAAAUCAAUGGGAGCCGGUAAGAAAUCCAGUUAAAAUUCGUAAAUCGGUUAGCUUUGCUAACAGUUUGCAAGAUAUUGAAGCUUCAAAGCAUGAUGAAAAUGUAAGAGGCAAUGAUAAAUCGGCUGCAGCAUCACAGAAAAAUAUUCCUGAAUCUAGUGAAAUCAAAAGAUGGACAACCCUUACCAUGGCAGAAGUUAAGGAUUUAAUUGAACAUGCUCGAUUAGCUCAGGCUAAACGUGCGGCCACUAAAAACAGUCGUAUCCAGUAAGUGAUGAACAGGGAGUGAAUAAAAAUGCCAUUAAUAA